AUGGAAUCGAGCGAAAUGAACGGAUUAGAUGUUCUACAUCAAAUUAUCACCAUUUAUGAGCAGGAUUCGUUUCAAUUUUACACGAGAUGCGAUCGGGUUAACACGAAAUUCUCGGGUCGCUUUAAUUUCGCGUUUUUUGCCAGGAAAAUCUUUGAUCCAAUUGCUACGGAUAAGGUGAGUCUUUAAGAAUUGGAUAAGGUAUCUUGAGGUGCUCUUUAAGGUCCUUAAGGUCCCUAAGGAGCAUGUGUCCUAAAUUUUAAUAAAAUAUAUGCUUUCCAGUAGUUUUCGACCCGCUGAUCACUAUUCCGUUGUUUAAAAUUGCACAACUCAAUUUCUAAUAUGAGUUAUGACGUGGCAAAAUUCGAAAAGUCGGGAUUUUAGGAACUGAAACCUGAAAAAUCUUCGAAAAUGAUUUUUUUUUCAUGAAAAUCCCUAUGCUACUAGAUUUGCAUGGGAAAAAUCAUUUUUGAAGCUUUUUUCAAGUUUCAGCUCCAAAAAAUCCCGAAUUUUCGAUUUUUGCCACGUCAUAACUCAUAUUAGGAGUUGAGUUGUGCAAUUUUCGACAACGGAAUAGUGAUCAGCGGGUUGAAAACUACUAGAAAACAUAUAUUUUAUGCUAAAGAUCCUUAAGAAGCUUCGUAAGACUCCUAAGAUGCUCUUUAGGAUCUUUAAAGCACUUAAGGUACCUAAAGUGUCUCUUUAGGUUCUUAAGGCCUCUAAGUCCCGUGUUAAGGUCCUUCCUAGGUCUCUAAGAGCCCCUAAUUCCAGGUUGGUCAACUCUACUUGGAUCUCUUUGAAAAUUCCGAGCCCUACAUGCAUCAGACGAAAAAGAGCUAUCUGAUGGUUCAGGGAUUUCCGAUCAGCAAAAUUAGUAUACCGGAAUUGUUGAUGAAUGUGAGUUUUUUGGGGGGAAAAUAGGUUAAUUUCGGGUCUAAAAGCUCUGAAAAGCCUGAAAAUUAUCGAAAAAUACUUGAAAAUUUGAAAUUUUCAGCUGCAAAACUUCUGAAAUCAUCGAAAAAGCUUCUAGUUUGGACCGGAAACUCAGGGUUUUGUUCUGAAGCCCACAAAAAAGCCCGGCAGGCUCAAAAAUCACAAUUUUAGCCUGAAAAAUGUCCAAUUUUCGUCUGAUAACCAAAAAUUAUCGAUUUUUAGUCUAAAAUUGGACCUAAACUUCAUAUUUUGUCCAAAAGCCCGCUAAAAAGCCCGGGAGGCCUGAAAAUCCCAGAUGCAGCCUGAAAAUGAAGAUUUUUUUGAAGAAAAGCUCUUUCCAGGCCGAAAAAACUUGUUUAUAGUUAAAACAUAUCGAGUUUUUCUUGAAAUAGCGUGAAAAUCUCAAGGAAGCCUGAAAAUCACAAUUUCAGCCUGAAAAAUUCAGAUUUUCCCUUAAAAUUAUCGAUUUUUCACUUCGAAACCUAAUUUUAAGUCAAAAAUGCCCAGAAACCUUCUGAAGUUAUCCAAUAAGCUUCAGAUACUCGUCCAAAGGCUUAAAAUCACUAUUCCAUCCUGAAAAGCCCUGAACAUUAUCGAUUUUUUCUCUGAAAACACUUUCCGGACCUACAAAACUCACAUUUUUCCCUGAAAAUUAUCGAUUUUUCCUCUGAAAACCCCUUCCCAGGUAGAAAAUGCUCAAUUUCCAGAUGAUUCUCGCCUAUCAGUUGCCACGUCAAACCCACGACUCGGAAUCCAGUACCACCACCACCACUUCGAAUUCGCGUCGCCGUCCUUCGCACAAAAAAACCACGAUGCCACGUGUCACUCUCACACGUCAACAAUCAAAAAUCCUCGUCGAACACAUGCUCAAAAUCCCGCUUGGCCCCGAAUCCAACCUCUGGAAACAGGUCAAAUAUGUGCUGAAUCCGGGUGGCAAUCAUCAAACGCAUUCGGAUAUCAUGGAAGGUGUGCGGAAGAGUGCGGAAGACGGAAUGAUCUCCUACGCGGCACUCGUGUUUUUCAUGCGCGACGAGAAGAUUCGACAGGUCUUCAAAAACCCGGCCACAAUUCUGCACGCACUGUAUUUGGGACCGUUGGAUGCGACGACGGUGGAGGGUUUUGCGUCGAAUCGAAGCGAUGCGUUUCGGCAAGAAUGUCAGAAUUGUUUGAGGAUUGCGUUGGCCGCGUGUUAUAGUAAAGAGAUGUUUAGGUGAGUUUUUUCGCCCUAAAAUUGUACGUUUCAAGAUUGUUAGACAUUUUUCUCAAAAUUAUCGAAUUUUGAUCAUCCAAAUCAUCCAAAAAUAAUUCACUGUUUCAAACAUUUUAUGAAGUUAUUUAGAAUAUUUGAUCAUUUAAUGUCAAUAAGUGGCCUUCAUUCAAAUCAAUGAGAUCGCGCAUAAAAUCCACGUGGGAAAAAAGGGCUGAAAAUCAUGAAAAUUUCUCAAUUUUUCAGCCAGAGAAAGUAGUAUUUUUCCAGCUGGAAUUAAGGGCAUUUUUGGAAGUAAUUAGGUUAAUUGUAAUGGUUUAAAACUUGAAAGUCUGAUAGAAUUCUAUUUUAAAAUUGAUCUGAAAAUCAAGAAAAUAUUGAUUUUUUGAUGAAAAUCUAGAAAAUCCUCUGAAAAAAUCCAAUAAAUUUGGCAAAACACUAAAUUUUUUAUUGUAAAAAAUUCACUGUUUCAAAAAAUUUCUAUAAAAAUUUAGAAACCAAAUGUAUUUGAUACAUGGAUUUUGCCAGAGGAUUUUCUAGAUUUUGAUCCAAAAAUCAAUAUUUUCUUGAUUUUCAGAUCAGAUUUUCUAGUUAAAAACUAUUAUAAUUAACCUAAUUACUUCCAAAAAGCCCCUAUUUUCAGGUGGAAAAAUGGUUACUUUCCCUGGCUGAAAAAUUCAGAAAUUUUCACAAUUUUCAGAUCCAAAAAAAUCCACUCUUUCAAACAUUUUAUGAAAUUAUUUAGAUUUUAGAAUGUUUGAUUCAAUGGGGAAAUUUGAAUUUUCGCGAUAAAAUCAACAAAUUUUCAGCGCUGAAAAUCAUAAAAUUUCUGAGAUUUUUCAGCCAGGGAAAGUAGUAUUUUUCCACCUGAAAUUUGGGCUUUUUUGAAAAAAAUGAUCUGAAAACACACCUCGGCCAAGCCGUGGCUGGCCAGAGUACAAUUUUUGGAAAAAUUUGAAUUUCAGUUUUUAGAGUACAAAAAUUGAAAAAUUCACAAUUUUUGUACUGUAAAAAGUUAGCGUACAAUUUUUUAUUUCGGAAACCACGAUUUUGGCCGAGGUGUGUCUGAAAAUCACGAAAAUAUUGAUUUUCAGAUGAAAAUCUAGAAAAUAAAAUCCUCAGAGAAACUCAAGUAUCAAAUAAAUUUAGCUCCAAAAUUUUUAUCGAAAUUUUUUGAAACAGUGAAUUUUUUUUUAUUUUGAAACAUUGAAAAUAGCGUCUAAAACACGAGAUUUUCACAAUUUUUGCUGAAAAUCACCCAAAAACCGCCCAAUUUUCUUCCAGCAAUCACCUUCCCGUCCACAUCCAACCCGGACACCGUGACCUCGUGCCAUUCCACAUUUUCCAACAAAAUGUGCAUAAUCUAAAAGCGGCGCUAGUUGGCACAAGUUCGAAUUAUUAUCCGAUUCCGGUCAGUUGGGCGAUGGCUGCGUUGAAAAAGUUUGGACAUAAAAGAUAUGUGGAAAAUGUGAGUUUGGGGGCACAACAUUGAAAUUUGUGAUUUAAAACAUCGCGAAAAAAAUGAACUGAAAGUUGUACGUUUCAAAAAUUUGAUAUAUUUUUCUAUGAAUCUUUUCCAUUUGAUUCAUCGAUGUUUUUCAACAAAAUCCCAGAAAAAUUCACUGUUUCAAACAUUUUAUGAAUUAAUUUUGAUUUUUAGAAUUUUUAGUGAGUUGAACUCUUAGACUGCCCCGAAAAUCCAUGUGGAAAAUUCUGAAUUUCAGCAAGAAAAUCAAAUUUUGCCACGUGGAUUUUCAAAAAAUCCUAGAAAUUUUCACAUUUUUUAAAAAUAAUAAUACCUAGAAAGCUUUAAAAAAAUUCACUGUUUCAAACUUUUUAUGAAUUAAUUUUGAUUUGUAGGAAUUUUAGUGAGUGCCCUGGAAAUCCUAUUUGGAAAAUUCUGAAUUUCAGCGCAAAAAUCACAUUUUUCCACGUGAAAUUUCUGGCUCCAAAAAAUCCUAGAAAUUUUCAUAUUUUUGAACAAUUAUACCUAUAAAGCUUCGAAAAAAUCCACUGUUUCAAACGUUUUAUGAAUUAAUUUUGAUUUGUAGAAACUUUAGUCAGCUGAACUCUUUAAUUACCCGAAAAUCUCACUUGGAAAUAUCUGAAUUUUGGUAUUAAAUUCAAAAUUUGCCACUUGGGAUUUUAUGGUGCCAAAAAAUAUUCAAAAAUUCAGUUUUAAAUUUAUUAAAAAUAUUUUGAAAUAAAAUUUUUUAGUCAAAAAAAUGUACUGUUUCAUAAAUUUUAUGUUUUUUUUUCUAACACAAUUUUUCUGAUACACCUCUCUCACAUGCUUUAAAAAUUUCAGAUUUUCAAAAUCAAUUUCCAUACAAAAAAUCCACAUUUCAGACCUGGAACGACGAACAACUCUACGAUCUGAUUUGGACGAUUUUGGCCCAACGCCCACACAUGAAAAAACACAUUUGUGAAACACUGGACAAUAAAUUCCAGGAUCGACAAGCUGCCGCUUUUUGGCGACGAAUGCAACCACAACAAAUGUCCAAGACACAUAUUCGAAAUUAGUGAGUUUUUUUGCCAGAAUAUAUGUUUUCUAGUUACCAACUAAUUUUAAAUUGAGUUAUGACGUGGCAAAUUGGGAAUUUCGGAUUUUAGGAGCUUUUUCCCAGGCUUCACCACCUGAAAUCGCAAUUUUUCGAAUUUUGACACAUUAAAAUUAGUUGCUGACUAGAAAAAAUAUAUUUUUGGCUAAAAAUGCUGAAAAUCUCCCAAAAACUCUCAUUUUGCAGCCGGGAAAAUGAAGUUUCGUCGACUUUUCAAUCCGAGACCUAUUUGAAUUUUUUGCCUGAAAUGAGUUGGGUGAGUGUUUUUUUUUCAAAAUUCUAUUUGAAAUUUAAUUUUUGACGCCGAAAAAUUUCAAAUAUUUUUUCACUGUUUCAAAAUUUCUAUACAUUUUCAAGAAUUUCAACAGAAAAUUGAUCUUUUUUCAAUUUGAAAUUCUAAAAAAUUUGUUUCCCGACGUCAAAAAGCUACAGUAUACCAAAAAAAAUUCCAAAUUUCUCUACAGCCUCCAAAUUUCGUCACUCUCGACACCGACAUCCACCAACUCAUCCGAACUCUCAAAAAACGUGUCCAAAAAUACGGUAGGAUUACUGUAGGCGUCGACGCCGAAUGGAGUGCCUACACCUUUCCCAGCAAAGCCACAAUUCUCCAAAUCGGUCUGAGAGAUACGGUAUAUGUGUUGGAUCUGGAUUCGCGAAACAUUGCUCAUGAUAGCUAUGCUGAAUUCAUGCAAACUCUUUUCGAUGACCCAAAUAUUGUGAAAGUCGGAUUUAAUUUUGGCGAGGAUUUACAUCAACUACGUGGCAAAUUUCGACUGUGUAAAAGUUUGUAUAACGCGAAAAAAGUGAUUUGUAUCGGAAAAAUGGUGUCGAAAUUGGUGGAUGACGUGGAAAUGUUGGAUAAUGCGGCGGAGGUGAAAAAAGAGAUUUUGCCAUUUUUAAUCGAGGAAAAAGUGGAUUUGGGUGAGAUUUUUCGAGAUGGGAAGGUGAAAAAUCAUGUUUUUAGACGUUUUUUGACCCCAAAAAUUCACUGUUUCAAACAAUUUUUAUUUUUGAAUUCCAAAAAUUAUGGAAUUGCAAAAAAAGGCUCAUUUUCCGACCUGAAAUUCAAGUCAAGGCAGAAAUUUAUCUGAAAAAUCUGAAUUGUUGAAAAUUUAUACCUAAAAUUGAUAUUUUUGACCUGAAAAAAUUCACUGUUUCAAAAUUUUUUCAAAUUUUCUUGAGUUGCAAAAAUGAUAAUUUUGAUUAUGUUUUGACCUGAAAUUCAAGUCUAGAUUUGUAUUUCCAAAAUUCUGAAUUAUCGAUGUUCCAGACUGAAUAUUAUCUGGGGAAAAUCAGAAUUUUUUGAAAAUUUAAACCUAAAAUUGAUAUUUUUGACCUGGAAAAAUUCACUGUUUCGUAAAAUUUUCAAAUUUUUAUUUUUGAAUUCCAAAAAUGAUAAAUUUGAUUAGUUUUGAACUGAAUUUCAAGUCAAGAUUGGUAUUUCCAAAAUUCUGAAAUAUCGAUUUUUAAGGCUGAAAAUUAUCUGAAAAAUUUGAAUUGUUGAAAAUUUAUACCUAAAAUUGAUAUUUUUGACCUGAAAAAAUUCACUGUUUCAAAAUUUUUUUCAAAUUUUCUUGAGUUGCAAAAAUGAUAAUUUUGAUUAUGUUUUGACCUGAAAUUCAAGUCUAGAUUUGUAUUUCCAAAAUUCUGAAUUAUCGAUGUUCCAGACUGAAUAUUAUCUGGGGAAAAUCAGAAUUUUUUGAAAAUUUAAACCUAAAAUUGAUAUUCUUGACCUGGAAAAAUUCACUGUUUCGUAAAAUUUUCAAAUUUUUAUUCAUGAACUUUGAAAAUGAUAAAAUCCUUUUUUAUUUUUCGACAUGAAAUUCAAGUCAAGAUUUUUAUUUCCGAAAUUCUGAAAUAUCGAUUUUCCCAGGCAGAAAUUUAUCUGAAAAAUCUGAAUUUUUUGAAAAUUUGAACCUAAAAUUGAUAUUUUUGACCUGAAAAAAUUCACUGUUUCAAAAAAUUUUCAAAUUUUUGAUUCUUGAAUUGCAAAAAUGAUAAAUUUGAUGAGUUUCGACCUGAAAUUGAAGUCAAGAUUUGUAUUUCCAAAACUCUUAACUAUCGAUUUUUCCAUAAAUUAUAAGAAAAAUCUGAAAUUUUUUGAAAUUUUAACCUAUAAUCGAAAAUUUCCAUCCCAAAAGUUCACUGUUUCAAAAAUUUCAUAUAGAAAUUUUUUGUAAAUCGUUCUCAUUAAUCACCCAAAAGAAAUGCCACGUGGAAAAUUUUAAGCCAAAAUAUUUUCUUUUCAGACGACAGUUCUCUGUCAGCCGCCGAUCGUUCAAUGGAUUCCUCAAAACUCGAAGAAUCCAUGUUAAUCGAUGAAAAUGAGCCCGAAAUGAGCCCGAAUAGCCCAGCAGCCCAGGCCCAGUCCCAAAAUCCAACCACCGACAGACGGCCCAAAAAAAUCCUGCCAAUCACAAAACCAUCGAUUUUCGUCAACAAAGGAUUGUCGUUCAUUUGCGAGAAAAUAUUGGGAAAACCGCUCGACAAAACUGAACAAUGCUCGGUUUGGGAUCGAAGACCGUUGAGAAAUUUGCAGGUUUGUAGUGGGGAUUUGGGGAUGAAAAUUGGGAAAAAUGGGGGAAUUUUGAGCCGAAAAUUGUGAAAAUUAGGAAAAAUUGAUCUAGAAACACUGAAAUUUGAUGAAUUUAAAAGAUGAGAAAAAUCCAGAAAAUUCACUGUUUCAAAAAUUUGUUAUGAUUUUUCGAAAAAAAAAUAAUUUCAAUAGUUUUGUUUUCAUGGACUAGAAAACUUGAAUUUUGAUAAUUUUGAGUUAAAAAUCGUGAAAAUUCAUUGAAAAUUGAUGAAUUUCGUAGCUAAAAAAUCCCGAAAAAUCACUGUUUCAAAAAUUUGUUAUGAUUUUUGGAAAAAAACUUUAAUUGUUUUGAAAAUGAUAAUCCUUCUCUAGAAGUCUAGAAAUCUGGGAAAUUGACUAUUUUUGAGCUAAAAUUGUGAAAUUUCAUUGAAAAUUGAUCUAGAAACCUUGAAAUUUGGAGAAUUUCGUAGAUGAAAAAAUUCCAGAAAAUUCACUGUUUCAAAAAUUAUAUGAUUUUUCGAAAGUUUCCAAUUGUUUUGAUACUGCGAUAAGGUUACGAUGUAUAAUAAGAAAACAUUUCACUUUUUCAAACAUUUCUAGUGAUGAAUGUUCAUCCAGAAGUCAGGUAAAUUCGGGAAUUUUGAGCUAAAAUUGUGAAAAUCAGGAAAAAUUGAUCUAGAAACACUGAAAUUUGAUGAAUUUUAUAGCUGAAAAAAUCCAGAAAAAUCACUGUUUCAAAAAAUUCAUUAUCUUCGAAAAUUUUUAAUUUUUUCAAUAUGUCGAUGGAAAAUUUUUCUAUUUUCAACAGUUUUUGACAAAAAUUAUCGCAAAAUUCAAGAAAUUCUGAUUUUUCUGGAAAUUUCGGGAAAUUCUGAAUAGAAAAGAACUCGGCUAACAAUUUUCAAAUGUCUAUAAUGAAUUUUGAAUUUUUUUGAAACAGUGAAAUUUUUGAACUUGAAAAUCAUGUGUUUUUGUCUAGAAAUCAGGAAAAUUGACUAGUUUUGAGUUAAAAAUUGUGAAAUUUCAUUGAAAAUUGAUCUAGAAGCCUUGAAAUUGGAUGAAUUUAAUAGAGGAAAAAAUUCAGAAAAAUCACUGUUCAAAAUUUUCUUUAAAUCGAACUUUCACGAUUUCAAAAUUGAUGCAUAAGUGUUAUGCUUUGUUCAGAAAAUUCCAGAAUGUCCGAAAUUAUUUUCAAAAUUGAGAAUUUCUUGGAUUUUCAGAUAAGACUUGCCAAAAAAUUAAUAAAUUUCAAGUAUUUUUUGAAACAGCGAAUUUCUGGAAGAUGAAAGUUCACAAUAAUUCUGAGAAGUCUUUUCAAAAUUCUGAAAAAUACCCAAUUUUUUCAGCUCCGCUACGCAGCUCUCGACGCACACUGCAUGUUAAUGCUCUACGACAAAUGUGAACAACUAUUCGCGCACCUAAAAAUCGAUAUCAAUCAAUAUAUCGAUUCUCAAUCAGCCAUCAAAGUCUCUUUGCCAUUGUUGACCGAAUAUCCACUGUAA